AUGUUGCUUACCACUAAAGAAUAUGUUCAUUCGCAAUGUCCAGCAUUUGAAGAGUUGAAUAUCAAAUGUAACAGUAAUAAGCCGAUAAGUUGGUGUGACGUUGAUGCCGACUGCUCAAAAACACCGACACGAAUCUGUUGCCCAACCGGAUGUGGAUACAAUAUAUGUGUACGAUCUCAGAAAUAUGUUAUCGACAGUGGUUUAAAAGUGAUCGAAAAUCCACACUGUCCACUUCCGGAAAAAAUUUAUAUACAUUGUGGACGUAAUAAGGGAACCAAAUGGUGCACUGAUGAUAGUAGUUGUCGUCCAAAAAAUUCUGACGAAGAUGAAGAAUUUCCAAGAUUCUGUUGUCCAACUGUAUGCAACUAUAAUGUUUGUGUUGUUAAAUUUGGUCGACGAUUUAUUGUUGUAUAG